AAUUUAGGGUCACCGGUUAUGUACAUAGGGAGAUAAGCCCGGACUGUCUUAUUCUUAUUCUCUUUAAAGUUGUUCUAGCAAGUUCGGCUCAAAGUUGAGUAGAGCGAAGAACCUACUUUAUGGAUUUUUAAUAACAAAAUGAAAUAUUUAAUUUUGUGAAUAUAAAUAAUAAUAAAAAAAUAACAAAUAAUUUUUAUAAAUUUAUGAACUUAUCGAUUUUUCAAACUUUUGAGAUAAAUUCUUCUAUAAAAAUGAACACAAAUCCAAAUACGUCAACGGGUGGUUGGCGAUUUUCGGACGUGCAAGUUCCGGAUAUGUUCUCCGGCAACGAAAGUGGAAGGCCAAGCACGGUCGCAACUGUAAGAGUGGUAAAGAAAACAAGCGCUUUGGUGUCAACUGCCUUGUUCAUCUUGGUCGUCGCGACGCUUGGUCUAGCUGUGGCACUAACAGUGAUUAUUGUAAAACAUAAUAACGAAGAUGGCGGCGAGUCGUCUGCUCCAGAGAUAUGUCGAACCGAUGGCUGCACGCAAGCAGCUGCGCGAGUUCUCGAUAAUUUGGAUCGCACGACGCCACCAUGUGACGACUUCUAUCAAUUUGCAUGUGGCGGGUUUCUGAAGACUCAUGUUAUACCAGAAGACCGCUCAAACAUUGACAUGUGGAGUAUUGUCCGGGAUAAUGUGCAGUACACCUGCAAAUAUUUAUUAGAAGACCCAAAGACAGACCCUAAAGCAAUUGCUGUACAAAAAGCAAAAGAUUUAUAUGCGUCAUGCGUCAACACAACCCGUAUUGAUAAACAAGGACAUGCAGUUGCAAUUCCACUUCUGAAUGAACUAGGAGGUUGGCCAAUUCUCGGAAAUAAAUCCGGCGGAAACUGGAACGAAAGUAAAUUUGAUAUAGCAGAGAUAAUGAAAACGCUCCGGAAGUACAAUAACAAGGUCAUUAUAGACAUGGGAGUGGGAUUAGAUGACAAAAACUCCUCCUAUCAUAUUGUUACAUUUGAUCAGCAAGAUUUCGGCAUGCCAGAUCGAAAAUAUUAUCUGGACACAAGAAAAACAUACAGAGAUAUGGUUGAAGCAUACAUAAUAAUGGCUAGAGAUAUUGCUAUAGAAUUUGGAGCCAACCCUGAAACUGCCGAUAAGGAAACAAGAGAAUUUGUUCGAUUUAUCACAAUGACACAAGAGGAAACACGGGACACCGAUGCUACCUACAAUAAGAUGACCUUGAAAGAAAUGAAGACUCAGUUCCCCGAACCAACAAAAAACGAAACUAUUCAAUUUAACUGGUUGAAGUUCGCACAACUUGUAUUCGGACUUGAAGGUGUUGGAAUUAAAAUAAAUGAUACCGAACCAGUUCUUAUUAGAUCAAUGAAAUAUUAUAAAAAUAUAUUGCCUCUCCUGCAGAAGUAUUCUAAACGGACGAUUGCUAAUUAUCUUGUAUGGAGGAUAAUGCAGAACAGAGCAAGAAAUUUGCCUAAGAAAUUUCUAGACAUUAUAGGAGAAUACAAUAAGGUUCUUUAUGGAAUACAUACUCGAUCAGCAAACUGGAAGAGGUGUAUGGGAUAUACGAUUCUUCAACUAGGUGGUCCUGUUGGAAAAUUAUACGUACAGGAAGCAUUUGAUGAAGGAGCAAAGAAAACAGCCCUAGAUAUGAUUGAUGACCUGCGUGGUGCUUUUAUUGAAAUCCUACUGGAAGAGGAAUGGAUGGAUGACACUACAAGACAAGCGGCUCGAGAAAAGGCUGAAGCAAUGGGUGAAUGGAUUGGCUAUGCAGGUGAUAUACUGAACGACACUGCGCUUAAUGACAUAUAUGAUGACGUCAAGGUGAACCGUGAUGAGUAUUUCCAGAAUGUGCUCGGAAAUUUACAAAGAUGGGGCAUAGGCGGUAUAUCUGGUUUAAGGACCGUUUAUGAUAAAUCUGGAUGGUCAGAUCCCCCGACAACAGUUAAUGCACAGUACAGUUUUCUUCUUAAUAAUAUACGAAGAAAGUUUGACAAAGACGGUAAUUUACGAGACUGGUGGGGAGAAGACAUUGUUGCUAGAUUUAAAAAAGAGACACAGUGUAUAGUUGAUCAGUAUGGAGACUUCACGAUAGCUGGAACACAUAUAAAUGGAAAGAACACACUUGGAGAAAAUAUCGCUGACAAUGGCGGACUAAAACAAGCGUUCAGGGCUUAUAGACAUUGGGUUGAGUCACAGGGGAAAGAAGAGCCACUUUUACCUGGAAUGAAUUAUACGCAUAACCAACUUUUCUUCAUUAGCUUCGCACAGGUAUGGUGUGACAAGGAGACGGAUAAGUCAUUUCUAAGUGGUAUAAAUACAGACCCGCACAGUCCUGCCAAAUUCAGAGUUUGGGGAACACUUCAGAAUUCUGAAGACUUUGCAAACACCUUCCAGUGUAAACGUGGGUCGUUUAUGAACCCCGAGAAAAAGUGCUCAGUAUGGAAAAAGUGAUGUUCAAGGUUCCAGUAUUAAGAAAACUGACAUUUUCUCAAGUCAGACAUAAAGAUUGUGAUUCGCGCCAUAAUUAUACAUUGUUUAGAAUAAGACUCUUUUUGGAAUUGAUUUGUAUAUCUACAUUGGCAAAAUAAGUACAUGUUGUUAAACUCGUUUGAGACAAAUGUCAGUGUAGACAAGACAUUUCAUUAGAUUCAUUAAAUAUUUUAACCAGAGUAGCUCUUAAACAAUUAAAAAAAUAUCGCUUCCCUUAGCAUAUGUCUAUAAAUGAUUUAAACCUAAUUUUCUUUGUAACAUAUUCUAUGUUUAUGGUGACAAGAUUCUUUACAAGAUGUUGGUGUUAGUUAAGUGUGUAUUGAUUGACAGAUCACUUUUAAUUGUUUCUUUUAAACUGUCAAGUGUAUCAAAAUCAACGGAAUGUCCUCUAUAGGAAUUUUUUUACAGCUACAUGAAUAAUCACUACCUGAUUUUAUUUGGUUCCCUGUCUCUCAGACAAUCAAAAUGUCGAGUUGUUUAAACUUGUCAAUUAUUAUACUGAUUCUACAGAAAAGAUUUAUCUAAUGACUGAUGACUACAGUGCUUAGUUUAAAUUUUAUCUUUAUAUUUCCAAUAAUACUUCAUAUAUAUGGUUGUGUCUAUUUUUCCCAGAAUACUUUCAUAACUAUUAAGCAUAUAUUAUGUGAAUUUAAUUUAAUGUAUUUAUUUUUAUCUAGUAAUUUACUAAAUACAUGUACAACCAUCAGAUGCAUAAGAACCUGUUAAUUUUAGAUCAUGACAAUCAAAAUCUAUUACUACUGUAUUGUUAUUUACUAUGUAGAACUUUCUGAGUGACCAUUUGGAUGAAAUAACUUAAACGAACGGCAGUUUGUCUCCUUUAUACAAAGAGAUAAAUUAAAGUCAGAAUUCAGUGUGCUUAUUUUAUAUUCAUUGCAAAAAAUGACAGAGUUCAAGCUCCUAUAUCUUAAAUUUGGACGUUAGAUCUAGAAUUACUGCUAUGCAUGGAAACCAACUCAUUUUGAGAUAACACAUGUAAUUCACAAAUGUUGUUUGUAUUAAAAAAGGUUAAUAAAACACAGUGGAUUAUCUUCUAAAUGCACAUUCUCUAUUAUAAGCAUUUUAAGAAUCAUGAAUUGUUUUUGAAAGUUUCACCAUCUCACGCCGUUUCUUGUUAAUUAAUUAAAGGAACUCUACUGACGUUCAUGACCCUAAAACAUAAAAUUUAAAUUUUUACAGGUACAUAGAGUAGCCUGGGCACUUAAAACAGAAAAGUAUACGAGGAAAAAUAAUAUGAAAUAAACUCAGAAAUGAAUUGAAAAUCAUAUUUAUGUGCAAUUCUUAGCCCGAUUUGAGAGAACGGUAUUGCAACGCUUUUCAAUUUUGUAUCAUUUUUUCACAACAUAAUUAUUCUGGAAAAAAACGGAAUGAGCGAAUUAUCUGAAAUUUUGCACUGCACACGAGUUAUUGGUCUAGACCUACAUCAAACGGAACAUUAUCUUAAAAUAUUAUUCCUAGUACUAUAAUUAUAUCAAAACAAUCAGUGGCGUCCCUUUAAGUUUACAUAGAAUAUUAAAUAUUUCACGGUUAAUAGUAGAUACAUCUUAUUCUUUAUUAUUUUCUAAUAUGAGAUCUGGUAUGUUAAAGAAUAAUUUGAGGGCUCAAACAAUAUUGUGUUUUUGGAAGUUAAGAUUUAUGCAUUCUCAAGCAUUUACUUUGAAAUGAUUUUAUUUGCUUUUGUGAUAUCAUUUAUAUUAAAAUAAACAUCCAAACUACAUGUAUUGAUGUACAUAAAGAAUAAAUACUUUUUGUAUGAAA